AUGACUAACCGAGAAGAAGCUGAGAUACAGAUUUCAGAGUUAGAUUUGCUAUCUAGCAUGUUUCCUUAUGAGGAGGAGUUCGCUGUGACUGACCAGCUGGCUCUAGCUGAACUGAAACACUCUGUUGAAAGUGGGUCUGAAGAGGCACUGUCUUCAAAAGUUCAGUUUGUACUGAAUGUAAAGGCAGAGGUCCCUUACGCCUCUAUGGUGGAAUUCUCUAUGGCCUGUGCUUUACCAUUGAAAUAUCCAACUGUUCUCCCAGAAAUUACUGUAAGGUCGGCAUUAUUAAGCCGCUCUCAGCAGAUUCGUCUGAACUCUGAUCUAAAAACAUAUUUGAUGCAAAACUGCAGUGGUGAGCCCUGUAUGUUGAGUGCAAGGGAAUGGGUGAAAGACCAUGCAGCUGCUUACAUUGACAAAGAGCUUUCAUCUUCUUCAGUGACAACUUCAGAUGCCACACCCUCAGAAGUCACCACGUUCACUCGAUUGUGGAUCUAUAGUCAUCACAUUUACAACAAGCGAAAAAGAAAGAAUAUUAUUGACUGGGCCAAGGAGCUCUCUCUGUCAGGGUUUUGCAUGCCAGGGAAACCAGGUGUUGUUUGUGUAGAAGGUUUACAAAGUAGUUGUGAAGAGUUCUGGUCAAGAAUAAGAAGAUUAACAUGGAAAAGAAUUCUCAUUCGGCACAGAGAAGAUGUUGCUUUGGAAGGUGGAGGACACGACGAGAUUCAGAAACAACGAAAAUUCUCCACUUUGGAAGAAAAAUGUUUUGAUGCACAUGGUGCUAGGGGAAAUCAUAUGGAUUUGGGGCAACUAUAUAAUUUUUUAGAAGAAAAGGGAUGUGCUGACAUUUUUCGAAUGUACUUUGGGGUUGAAGGGCAUUGA